AUGUCGGCGGGCCCGGGACCUCGUGACUCAGAUCUACUGCUGUUGGAACUCCAGGCCCCAGGGCCGGUUGGACUGCAGACACUGUUGGACCUGCUAGUGGGAGUGUACCAAGAGUUCCACUCGUCACCCCUUGCCAGGGAGAAGUACGUCUCGAGCUUCCUACAAUGGGCGGAGCCCCUGGUGAGGCAGGUGAAGAAGACACGCAUCAAGAGGGAUGACUUCCACAUCUUGAAGGUGAUUGGUCGAGGGACCUUCAGUGAGGUGGCUGUGGCGAGGAUGCGUAGCACACAGCAAGUGUACGCGCUGAAGAUUAUGAAUAAGUGGGACAUGCUGAAGCGAGGAGAGACAGCUUGUUACCAGGAGGAGAGAGAGGUUCUGCUGAAGGGUGAUCGAAGGUGGAUCACAGAGCUGCACUAUGCCUUCCAGGACGACAAUUACCUGUACCUGGUGAUGGACUACUACGUGGGUGGUGACCUGUUGACCCUGCUCAGUAAGUUUGGCGACCGUAUCCCUGAGGACAUGGCCCAGUUCUACUUGGCUGAGAUGGUCAUGGCGAUCGACUCCAUCCACAGGAUGGGCUAUGUGCACAGGGACAUCAAACCUGACAACAUCAUGCUGACAGCGGAGGGCCACGUCAGGCUGGGGGACUUUGGUUCCUGUCUGAGGGUCCAGGAGGAUGGCAUGGUGCACUCUUCCCUGGCGGUGGGCACACCCGACUACCUGUCCCCAGAGAUCCUGCGUGCGGUGGAGGGAGGGGGAGGCUAUGGCCCUGAGUGUGACUGGUGGGCCUUGGGGGUCUGUGCCUACGAGAUGCUGCAGGGGACCACACCCUUCUACGCAGACUCCAUCUCUGAGACCUACGCCAAGAUCAUGAACUUCCAGGAGCACUUUGAGUUCCCCCCGUCUGGCCCCGAGGUUUCAGAUGAGGCCCGUUCCCUCAUCAUGGGGCUAAUCUGCGAGAGGGAGGAUCGUAUGGGGACCAGGGGUUCUGGGGACUUCAGGGCCCACCCCUUCUUCUGUGGACUAGACUGGGGCUCCCUGCAUGAACUUCCAGCACCCUUCCAACCUGAAGUCUCCAACGCCACUGACACCUCCAACUUUGACGUGUUGGAUGACUGCCUCAGUGAAAUGGAAACACUGAGUGAUGUUAUGGACAAGGCCCCUAUCGGAGUUCACCUGGCUUUCGUUGGCUACUCCUACACAGCUACAAGACAGACAGGUGCCUUGGAUCGCAGUCGUGACAUCAUGAUGGAGAUUGACCACCAGCGACACCUUGGGUUGCCAAGCUUCAAUUUCCAGGAUAAGCUCAGUCAGAUGUGGCAGCUCAGAGAUGUCCUGACCACGCCUGACAACCUGCCUGCCCUGCUUGAGCUCCCCCUAGCCUUGGAGCAGGGUACUGCAGAGUCGGCUCACACCACAACAGAGGAGGAAGAGGAGGAGAACGACCAGAAUUCAGUACUUGAUGAGGAUCUGCACAGAUGCGCUGGCCACAGGAGAGAACUACCUCCUCCUCUUGGGAUCGAGGGGCGACCCAGAUGUGUCACUCCCUACGCUACAGCUGCUCCCUUCCCCCAAACACCCCCUCGGCUAACAGGACAGGAGCACCACAUGGCUGGAGGGAUGAAGGGUGGGGAUGAAACGGGCUUAACGUGA